AUGACGGUGCGAUGGAGUCGUUACUCUGGGGCAAGCUCCUACAAAAUCACCGCCACACCAAAGAACUCUCCUCAACCGUCCGCAUUCGCCCAGUUCAGCGGGAACUCCGUCAUAGGCUCUGUUAACUCUCUCUCCGCCAACACGAUGUACACCAUGCGGGUCGAGGCCAUUGACAAAGCGGGCAACGUCCUGAGCAGUGCAGAGUUGGACGGGAGCUCAUCCCCCGAGGUACCUACCAUUAAGCAGGCCUACUCCAAGCAGAGCGACAGCAUCACUGUGGAGUUCAGUGAGGUAAUGGGGGCGAGCGGCUACAUCCUGCGAGCUGAGUCUGAGGUGGGAGACUUCUUAUCAGAGACCGCGGUGACCAGCUCCCCCGGCACCGUGCUGCAGUUGCAGCCAUACACAGACUACACCCUCAGUGUCAUGUCUGUCAACAGCGCGGGACGCAGCCAGCCCUCAGCACCCGUCCAGAUCAGAACGGUGGUGGUGGCCCCACAGCUAAACUCCACCUCUCCCAGAAAUGACACCAUCCUGGUGACCUGGUCCCCGGUCAACCACACGGUCCUCUACACCCUCUGCAUCAUCAAGGAGGGCUCCAACUCUCGCCUCAAAAUCAACACCAGCGACCCAUUCAUGACCUUUGAUGACCUGGAGCCCGGUACCAUCUACUGCGUCAAGGGCACGGCUUGGGACCUGGACGGUCGCCCCGGAGACGACCUCACUGUGUGUCAGAUCACCCGUCCUCUCAGCCCUGGGACCAUCCGGUUGUUUUUGACCCAGACCAGGUCUGGGGGUUUGGCAGUCUACUGGCAGAUGGUGCAUGGGGCAGACGUCUACUUGGCAAAGACUUCUACUGGUCAGAACUGCUCUGCCUCAGGGAGGUUCUGUAUGAUCAGCCCACUGAGCUGCGGGCAGAACCACAGUGUGACUGUUACAGCUGAGAACAGCGCUGGAACCAGCAACCCCUCUGACCCAGAGGAAUUCAUCACAUUCCCAUGCCCUCUGGAGCAAGUCUGGGUAGAUGAGCACCAGGCGGGCAGCUGCUGGGUGUCGUGGACUAAGAUGCCCUUGGUGGAGUACUACAUCGCAUUUGUCAAGAGAGACGACGGGUCUGAGGAGCGCUGUAACACCACUGACACCACCUGUCACUUCUACUGCAUGUGUGGCUACACCUACCUUAUCACCAUGUUCACCUACAACCAGGCUGGCUCCAGUCCCCCGGGAGACGUGUUCAACUAUACCACCAUUCCCUGUUGCCCAGAGGACGUUACCAUAGCACUGGUGUCGACGGAGACCCUGGAGAUCAUGUGGUCGUCGGUGCGGGGGGCGGAGCUAUACGAGACGACGGCGGAGGAGAUUGAUGAUGUCAUCCACUGUAAGGACACGGCGCCUGUGUGUGCUCUGUCCAACCUACGCUGUAACACACAGUACAGUGUGGUGGUGACAGCAUGCAGCGAAAUACGAGACUGCAACCGCACCUGCAAACCUCACACACACGAGACAGGUAAAACACACAUCAAUACAAUAGGUAACAAACAGUGCAAGGGUGUAUUCACUUUAAAUUACACAGAAAACAUUUUAUUUUCUCCCUGUUCUCCAGAGAUCCUGAGUGUAUCUCAGACCAACUCAUCCUCGAGUGUCAGUGUCUUGUACACGGCCCCCAACACCCCCAACACUACCUACACCGUCACAGCCAUGGGCCUCACUGACACACACACCUGUCAAUCACUCUCCACCUCUUGCCAGCUCACACAGCUGCCCUGCGGAGCCACCUAUGAUGUCACAGCGUAUGCCAGGACAGCAGUGGGGCCAAGCCUGUCCAGCUAUAGCGUGCCCCUGGAAACAGGUCCCUGCUGCCCCCACACCCUGACAGUAGACCAGGUGACCCAGGCCUUGACCAACGUCACCUGGUCCCCCGCUACAGGGGCGCGCUCCUAUGUCACGGCGCUGACAUCAUCUCGGGGACACGCCAAGUGCCACACCAUGGACACACACUGCCUGAUGGGAUGCAUCACCUGCGGGACCAACUAUAGCGUGAGCCUGGAGGCCAUCAGCAGGACAGGCCACAAGACAGAAUGCAGAUAUCAUGGGUUCUCAUCCAGCGCCUGUUGUCCAUCGAGUGUCAAGCUCUACCGGAUGGCCAACAAAUCUCUGAGGGUGUACUGGCACUCCUCGGGCCCCCAUAACCACACGGUGGACCUGAUUGGGACAGGCACCAACCACACCUGCAUCCCCCCGCCUCUCAGCAGCUCCUGUGACGUGGCCGAGGUCAUGUGUGGGGACGUCUACACCAUGGUGGUGGCACCUGUCAAUCAGGAUGGGAGCAAAGUCACAUUCUGUCCCGGCAGGAUCUACUCUGUGUCCUGCUCCGGAAGCAAUGUAGGAAUGGUGAUCUAUCGGGGAAAGAGAAGUGUCGAUUAG